GACAUUCAAUAACCUGAUCAUAGCAUUAGUCAGUCCCCGAGUCUGGAGAUCCCGAGGAAUUGAGCGCUUCAGCAAGGUCUGAACUGAGCAUCUUGAACACUCUGCGACAAGAGCAAGAGUAGAAAUCAGAAAACAAAGAACAGCAAACCGCUACAUCUGAAAAUAUGUCUGUGGCAGGACUGAAGAAGCAAUUCCACAAAGCCACCCAGAAAGUGAGUGAGAAGGUUGGUGGAGCAGAGGGAACCAAAUUAGACGAUGACUUCAAAGAAAUGGAAAAGAAAGUCGACGUUACCAGCAGGGCUGUUUUGGAAAUAAUGACCAAGACAACCGAGUAUCUCCAGCCAAAUCCAGCAUCUAGAGCAAAGCUGAGCAUGAUCAACACCAUGUCCAAGAUCCGAGGCCAGGAAAAAGGUCCUGGGUAUCCACAGGCAGAGACUUUACUGGGCGAAGCCAUGCAGAAGUAUGGCAGAGAACUUGGGGAGGAGUCCAAUUUCGGCCUUGCACUCAUUGAUGCAGGGGAAGCCAUUAGGGAAUUAGGUGAAGUGAAAGAUGCACUUGAUAUGGAAGUGAAGCAGAAUUUUAUAGACCCUCUGCAGAAUCUACAUGACAAAGACCUCAAGGAGAUACAGCACCACUUGAAGAAGAUGGAGGGCCGGCGCCUCGACUUUGACUACAAGAAGAAGAGACAGGGAAAGCUGCAGGAUGAAGAGAUCAAGCAAGCCCUGGAGAAGUUUGAUGAGUCCAAAGAGAUUGCAGAACAGAGCAUGUUUAACCUGUUGGAAAGUGAUCAGAUUGAACAGGUCAGCCAGUUAGCUGCCCUGGUCCAAGCACAGGUGGAGUAUCACCGGCAAGCUACUGAGAUCCUCCAGCAGCUGUCCAGCAAACUGGAGAACAGGAUAAGGGAAGCCUCAAGCAAGCCAAGGAGAGAGUAUAUGCCCAAGCCUCGCAUGGUCAUGGAGUUCACACCAAGUGAGAACCAGAAUGGUGGUAUAGCUCAUAGUGGCACUGCAAAAUCCCCAGCCCCGAUGGACCAGCCCUGCUGUCGGGCCCUCUACGACUUUGACCCCGAGAACGAAGGCGAGCUGGGCUUUAAGGAGGGAGAUGUCAUUACCCUGACGAAUCAGAUUGACGACAACUGGUACGAGGGAAUGUUGCACGGCCAGUCGGGAUUCUUCCCCAUCAACUAUGUGGAUAUCCUGGUGCCCCUGCCUCACUAACGUGUGCACAUCACCCACACUCGCUUUGGGCACUGGCUUCUUCCUGCAUCUGUGCUACUCCUUUGAUGACGACGACGACGACAACAACAACGACAAUGAUGAUGAUGGCGAUGACGGCGACACACCUACACAUACAGUAUGAGUGCAAAAACAAAAAAACAGUGGCUAUGUGACUUUAUCAUAAACGUCUCCUUCAGUGUACAAUCUUUCCGUUCACAUGAGAAGUAUUUAUGUUUGUUUUCUGAAUGAAAUGUGCUUUUGGGAAGUUGUCAAACCUCUGCAGACUCUCCUCUCCCCAGGAGUUCAGUAACUAUACGUUAAUAUAGUCACUCCUGCAGUAUCUUGUGAUAAAUAAUGGGUGUCACUUAUAUUUUCUUGGUAAACAAGUACAUUGCGGAUUGCACUUCCUACCGGGCCACCUUUGGACUAUACAGUAUGUAGAGCACACUAUUUAUCUGAAAGAAGUGGUAAAAAACACAUUUGCAAUGAUAGCAGUCAAAAGGUUUAUUUCUUCAGAGCUUAACAGUCUAGUUAGUUUUAUUGGAAACAAUGAAAAAAGAUAAACUGAAAAAAUAAAACAAAUAGGGGGGAAAAUAAGUAAUGUACAGAAAGUUGAUGUAAAAUAUUGCUGAUGAACAGGUCUCUCGGAGACACAGAAGUCUUUAAAUCCAGAGUCUGAAGACUUUAUUGCUUAGAAGUGCUCUUGGAUGCUAUUGAAUCUCUGUUGUUGAAAAUAUAAUGAAUACUGUAAUUUUACUUAUUAAAGCAAAAACACAGAACAUUAAACAGAUUUAGCAAAUGGGUAGCAAAUUGAACACCUUGAAAUUUAUGUGAAUAUGUAUUGCCCUUUUAAAAAUGUUGGAUGUUAUUGAAAGCAGCCCAAUUCAUUGCAGUUUGUUUAGGAAGUCAUACUAUCUUUUCCACAGAUUGUGGACUACUGCAAUUGACAGACAGUUGUCCGCUUUUGUACGAUCAAGCAGCUUAAUUAUUAUUUAGUGAAAAUAAUGCCCCAUGAAAUAUUUAGAACUGGUGCUGUAUCUAGCAAUGUAGUAAUGAAAAAUGCACAAUUCAAGUUAUAGCUUUGCAUAACAUCCUAACAGGUUUAUAAUCUUAAAUUCCAAAUAGUUUUUCUAGCAGCAUGGAGUCUUUUGUUUCCACUGGUUAACCACAGGGACAUCUUUUAUUGUACUGCAUAGACUUCCUGUACAGUAUUUUGAAAAUGUACUGAUUUCUGCUAGAAGCUGCAGCGCUAUGUACUGUAUUGUUACUUUUGUCAUGCAUUUAUGGUAGACAGCUUAAAGCUCAGCCAGUAGUUUGUUUAUUAACACUUGUCUAUUGACACUGCACAGUCUGUAGUGUCAGUGUGCAUUAUUUCUCCUUUAUUCCAAUACAUUCCAUAAAAUGUGUGUCUGAAUUGCUUUAUCUGUCCUUGAAAGUAUUUUGGAGACACAAAACACACUCUAGUUUCCUAACACUUUUUUCAUUUGAUUUCCUCACCAAAUGCUUAAAGCCCUCCACAUGCUUUAGUAAACAUCGGGUGUUACUGUACCUGUAUUGGUAUCAUUUAUUCAAGCUGCAGUGACGCUUCUGAAAAAAUAGCAUAAAUGCCAAAUCAAGAGAAAAACCUAAAAAAAUCAAAUACUGUGUAUCCUGAAGCUUCAGCUUUCAGUUAGGCCUUUAAAAGGAAAAGCUUGACAUUUCAGGUUUUCUUUAAUUUGACCGUCUCGGUUUCACAGAGCAUUCCACUCUGUUAAAGCUUUUUGAUAUCGUAGUAAUAUUACAUUGAACAAUUCAUGUUUAUCAACUGGGUAGCAUGUGGGGGGUCCUGUGUAUUUUUAUAUUUGUCUGUUUUUCUUUAUUUGUUUCUCUUGUUCACAUUAGAACUUUAGGUCACUCCUAAAAGGACCAGUAAGAUUACUAGACUUGAGCCAGCUGGCAUCUACAAUAUCAGUGAUUUUUUAAUAAAAAGAGGAAGCACAACUUUUACCUACAACAGUGUUGUUCAUUGGUGAGUUGUUCAGGUAGUGUGAACCGACAGCACUUUUACUUAGAUUGGCAACAUUUCCUUCCUUGAUUGUUUCUAUUCUGAACAUAUAUUGUGAGUAUUUUUGCCCUCAAUGAGGACUGUUCAGCUACUUUUGUGUUUGUUUUCACCCUCAGUGUACAGUCAUGCAUCUAGCUUACUUUUGUAACAGUGGUAAAGUCUAUGUAUAAUAUACAGUAUAUGUAUGUGUGUUGGUAUACUGUAUAUACACUGUAUACACACACAUAUAUGUUUAUAGUAAUAAAAAUGUAAAAGUUUGUGCUGCACAAAAAUAUUUUUUUUCUUCCUGUACCGGGUUACACAAAAAUUUAAUGCUUGUUGUGAAAAAAAUAAUUAAUAUAUAUAUAGUGUUAAUCAUUGAAAUAAACACAAAGACAAAAUCA